GCGAAAGCCUGAGCAUCCAUCAGCGAGCUCCCAGACAAGUCACUGCUCAUCAGGGUUCAGGGUUUAUGCACACGCGCUCACAUCCCUCCAACGUCUUCCUUUCCCGUCCAUUUGCACUAAAGAAUCUUCCACCACCCUUACCCUCUUCGCCAUCCUCUCUCCUCCUCUGCAAUCAGUUAACAGCGACGCGUCUGUGAUACUAUCAAGAAGAAGGAGGUGGGCGCGGCGAAGAGAUCGAUGUGGAUGGUGAUGCAGGUGGCUUGGUGGGCGGGCGUGGUGGGGAUGUUGAGCUGGAUAGCGUAUGCGUGCAGGAGGGUGUGGGGGGAAUCGGAGAGGGUGAGGAGGAAGCUGCGAAUGCAGGGGAUCAGAGGUCCUCCUCCUUCCUUCCUCUACGGGAAUCUGCCUCUUAUGCAGAAACUCCAAUCUCAGGCCAAUUCUCCUUCUCUCUCCACCCGCCAUUCCCAUCUAUUCGUCGCUCACGACUACACCUCCAACCUCUUCCCUUACUUCGAGCACUGGCGUGCGCAAUACGGUCCAGUGUACACGUAUUCCACGGGGACGAAGCAGCAUCUUUUUGUGAACGAACCAGAGCUGGUGCGAGAGAUGAACCAGUGUCUCACUCUGGACUUUGGAAAGCCCUCUGAUGUAACCAACAGGCUCGCUCCCUUGCUUGGAAAUGGCAUUUUAAGGGCAAAUGGGCUUAGUUGGGCGCACCAAAGGAAGCUUGUUUCGGCCGAGUUCUUCAUGAACAAAGUUAAGGGUAUGGUGGGGCUUAUGAUCGAAUCAGCUCAGCCUAUGCUAUCAAAAUGGGAGCAGUCAAUUGACGAGGCUGGAUUAUCAUCAGCAGAGGUCGAAGUGGGAGCAGAUUUGAGGGGCUUCUCUGCUGAUGUCAUCUCAAGGGUUUGUUUCGGCCAUUCCUAUUCCAGGGGAAAAGAGGUUUUCUCUAAGCUCAGAACCAUGCAGAAGACCAUGUCCAAGCAGGGUGGCUUCCUUUUCGGCCUCUCUGGCUUUCGGGGCAUGCUUAAUUUGUGGAGAAGGAAGGAAGACGAGAUGGGCAAACUGGAAAGAGAGGUAGAGUCGCUGAUUUGGGAGUUAGUGGAGAAACGCAAGCGACAAGGAUCGUCGGAGAAGGAUCUGAUGCAGUUACUUCUAGAAGCAGCCGAGAGUGAUGAAAGUGUGGGUGAGGACAUGUCCAAGAAAUUCAUAGUGGACAACUGCAAGAACAUUUACUUCGCCGGCCAUGAAACCACCGCCGUCGCCGCCUCUUGGACCUUGAUGCUUCUCGCUUUACACCCUCAAUGGCAAACUGCCAUUGCACAGGAGCUCGCUCAAUUCUGCCCCAGUGGCAUCCCAACUGCAGAUUCUCUCCCCAGCCUCAAGAAGAUGACAAUGGUGAUUCAAGAAGCCCUGCGCUUGUAUCCGCCGGCAGCUUUUGUGUCGAGGGAGGCAUAUGAGGACAUUAAGAUAGGAAACCUGUUGGUUCCGAAAGGGGUUUGUGUGUGGACUCUGAUCCCAAGGUUGCAUAGAGACCCAGACAUAUGGGGAGCAGAUGCUAAUGAGUUCAAGCCAGAAAGGUUCAGCGACGGCGUGUCCAAGGCUUGCAAGUUCCCACAAGCGUACGUGCCCUUUGGAGUGGGUAACCGCUUGUGCUUGGGCAAGAAUUUCGCUCUCGUCCAGUUGAAGGUCGUGCUUGCACUUAUGCUCUCCCGUUUCAGAUUCUCUCUUUCCCCUACUUAUAAGCACUCUCCGGCUUACCGAAUGAUUAUAGAGCCAGGACAUGGCGUGCAUCUCCUCAUUCACAAGACCUGACCUCUCAUGCAGUUACCGGCAGCUGCCUGAAUUUGCAUUGUCCUGUCUAUCCAAUAUAUCUAUAUAUCCAUUUGUAUGUGUGCGUGAGUUGUGCUAUUGUGAUCACUAAAUGCGCAUGUGCAUGAGUGGUGCUUCCUGAUAAGCAAAAAUAAGGGAAUGACAAGCCCAACCCAGCUAACUCAAAAUGAACGCGUACAUCUCCUCCCUCGUCACAAAUAUUUUUUUUUCACUAGGCUUACUGAAGUAAUUCCAGUCGAAAUACUAUUAUUAUUCUAAACU